AUGACUAUCCAUACUGUUCCAGGUGAGGACUGGUUCGACAUUCAGGACCACCUCGUCGUCAACCUUCAGAAGUACUCUCGCGACUUUUCUCACAAUCCACCGGAGGCCUUGAGAUUCGCGUCUUCCCUUCCAGGACUACUACGUCUCGUGAAGUCGGUUGGUUUUAGCGAGGCCGAGGAACGGGGUCACCGUAUUCCAGCCUGCUUUGAAGAGCGGGUUGAUCGCUUGUCCGACGUUGCUGGCCGCUUGCGGGCCAACCUUAAGAACGGCAGCAUUGAUGACAACGAGGUUGCUAUCAUUCUUUCCAUGCUGUAUAUUCAAGCUAACAAAUUGGCGAUCACUGUUGACGCGCGGGUUCAGGGUCAGAGCACCCAGUUUAUUGGAAGACAGAUGGCUAGGCUGUAUGGAUCCCCUACCCGGGUGAGUCAUCGUGAGUCUGAGACCUACAUUGCUUGGGACUGGCUGAGCAAUACUGCUCUUCGCUGCCGUUGCCGCACGUGCUUGGCAGAUGAAUCCGAGGCGUGA